AUGGACGCAAUUUCCGAACAGGUUAGAGAGCUAGCCAAGGACGCCGAUGCAAGUCAGCGAAUCCAAAUUCUGGAUCAUCUUCGCGGCCUUGCUAGAUCACUCGAGUCAACACCAGACACAAUGCAAAGACUAUCUUACAUGCACUUGGAGCCUAUUAUGAUUCGAGUAGGACUAGACUUGAACCUAUUUCAUAUCUUCAGCGAGGAGGGUGGGCCUUUGAGUGUGGCUGAAAUAGCUGACAGAGUGGGCGCUGCGCCUACGCUGACCGGACGAAUCCUUCGUUAUCUGAAUUCAGUGGGAGUAAUCAGUGAGACCUCCAAAGACCAUUUCGAAGCCAACAACAUCACCCUGUCUCUGAGUGACCCAGGGGUUCGAAGUGCUAUUUACCAUAAGUCAGUAUCUCCUUUCGAGCCGAUCAAUUUGAACUGCAAUUAUCAAAAAUUUGUCAGUCCAAAGAUGCGUGCUGACCCAUCAUUCAGCUCGAUGAACGUGGGCCCGAUUGCUCUGGCCCUGCCCGAAUUUCUGGCAAAGCACAAGUAUCAAGACAUCACCAGUCCAACUGCCACGGCAUUUGGACUUGCGUACAACACCGAGCUCCCAGCAUUCAUCUGGCUCCAGUCAGAACCGGAGCGCUUUAGCCACUUCAACCGCUACAUGCAAGCCGAGGAAACGGGACUUCAGCCUUGGCUGGAAACAUACCCGAUUGAAGAGAAAUCACUCAACCUGGAGCCGGAACAGAUCUUCUUCGUUGAUGUUGGCGGUGGUAUUGGCCAUCAGGCUGUCGGCGUGAAACAAUGGAUGCCCCAGAUUGUGAACCAGAUCAUAGUCCAGGACCAGGAGGUUGUCGUUCCUCAUGCCAUCCAGCAAAAUGGCGUGAAAGCCAUGGCUCAUGACUUCUUCCAGCCUCAGCCUAUUCAAGGCGCUCGGAUUUAUUAUAUGCGCCGAAUUAUCCACGACUGGCCGGAUGAAAAAGCCGCUGAGAUCCUCAAGAAUACCCAGGCUGCGCUUGGGCCUGAUUCUGUUAUUCUGAUUGAUGAUAUGGUGCUUCCCAAUGCAGGUGUCCAUUGGUAUGGGACUGUGCUCGAUAUGACUAUGAUGGCGGGCUUAGCGGCGCAGGAGCGCACGGAGGAGCAAUGGAACAAUUUGAUGGAGAUGGCGGGUCUCAAGAUCCAGAAGGUCUAUACUUAUACGAGCUUCUACAAUUCUAUCCUGGAAUGUGUUCCAGUGGCUUAG